GAGGACUCAUAGGACAGGCAUCUGACGGCCUCGUGUGCACCACCACCACCAAAAGUACAACUGCUCAUUUGUGAGGGGAGGGGAGUUAAUAACUUUCUGCCUCGAGCAAAGCGGCAGCAGAGUCACCAGCCGAGGCGUGUGUGGCAGAGAACCGGCGCGCGUGGGGGGCGGUGGUUGUUGUAGCUCACUUUGGACCUUUGCCUGCAAAGGAGAGUGGCACAGCGUUGUUAGCUGGUAUUGGAGUGUCCAGGUCAAACCGGAGCGGAGAGGAGUUCUUCAGAAGGGAAGGGAAGAGAAGGGCAAGAGGCGUACGAGGGGACAACGUGCUACGUAGGUACCCCAAAGGGGCCAAGGGCAAGGAAGUUCUCAUUCGGGUCCUUGAGAGAAGGCAAAGUGUGUGAGGUUAUUAGGAAGGGGACUUUUGCAACACCUUGUGGUCGUCAUGGGCUGUGCUUCCUCAAGAAGGGGCAAGUCCUCGAAUCAAGUACGACCUGAAGGCUUUGUUACACGACCGGUGGGUGGCGGAGGUGGAAGCGCGGGGAACAUGCAGCGGAACGGGACAGGGCUGAGUGGUGGAUCGAGUGGCUUCCCCGCUGAUGGGGCGUGCUCGGUCGGAGCGCCGCAGAGCUGGCAAAAGGGCUCGUUGCUAGGUCAGGGUGGCUACGGCAAGGUGUACAUGGCGCUCAACUCGGAGACGGGCGAGCUGCUGGCGGUCAAGGAGGUGACGCUUGAGGCCUCGUCGGUGCUCUCGGGCGGCUCGUCGGCUGCGCUCGCGUCACAUGUGGUGUCUUUGGAGCACGAGAUCGAUAUGCUUUCGCGGCUGACGCAUCCCAACAUUGUGCGAUACCGAGGAACAUCGCGCGAUGAGGCUGCGCUGUACAUUUUCCUCGAGUACAUGCCGUGCGGCUCGAUUGCGUCGCUGCUCUCCAAGUUUGGACCGCUCUCGGAAGGCGUCAUCUCCAAGUACAGUCGGCAGAUCCUGAUGGGCCUCGACUAUCUCCAUCGCAAUUCGGUUGUCCACCGCGACAUCAAGGGCUCGAACUUGCUGCUCAACACGGACGGGGCGGUCAAGUUGGCGGACUUUGGCGCGUCCAAGACAAUGUCCAAGCUCACGACGCGCAAGGCCGGGCGGCGGCGCGGCGACGAUCCGACGGGCCGGACGGCGCAACUCCUGAUGGGCACGCCGCAGUACAUGGCACCCGAGGCGAUUGCGUCGCCGGAGGCUUUUUCACCCAAGACAGAUGUUUGGGCGCUUGGGUGCACGGUGAUCGAGAUGCUUACGGCGCGGCUCCCAUGGGCCGACGCCGGCAACAACGCAGUGGCCACCAUGUAUGCGGUGGCGGAUACUAAGACGCAUCCACCAUAUCCAAGCUCUGUCUCGCCGCUGGUGAAUUCGUUCCUCCGGCGGUGCUUUGCCAUCAAGCCAUCGUCGCGGGACACUGCGGCGGAACUGCUAGUGCACAUGUUUAUUACGACGGCGCCGUCGGCGCUGUCUGCGGUUCCGCUCGCAGAUCUGAGGCCGGGUCUCGGGACCGACCUUAGCUUUGAUGUGCGGAGCGGUGCGUCCGACGCUGGUUCGACGGGCGAGUUCUCGCACGUCUCGGUUCCUGGGCUCUCGGCCACAUUCGUGGCGUCUGGGCAGUCGUCGCCGAUGGAGGCGCUUGUCCCGCGUCGGUCGUCGGGCGCGUCGGCCAACCGUGCGGUGAUGAGGUUGCGGUCACCGUCGGCGACGCGGCGGUCGCUGGACAUUUCGCCACGUUCGCGGUUUCCGCCUGGGCAGAGCCCGUCGGGAUCGACGACGACGACGACGUCGGUGCACGGGCGGGCCGAGUCUGUUGUCUCGGCGUGCGAGGACGGGAUGGACGUGCUGACUGCGGUCACGUCAUCGCCGUCGCUCUCGACUCUUGGGGCGCGUGCGGCGCAGCAGCGGCGUGGUGACUCGCGUGAAUCGGGCGACGCCGGCAUGCUCAAGGGUACGCAGUCGUUUUACACACCACGGGCCGGUGGAGCCGCGCUUGCCAACGUCCCGCACCCGCCGGCGUCGCGGACGUCGCGGCGGGCCAUGUCGCCGCCGGCGUCUGCAGUUGUCGAGUACGUGUACUCGCCGCCGCAGCCUGCGUCGCCCAAGAGCGGGCGGUCGGACUCGCGGGUCUUCCGCUACAAUGGCGGCGCCUCGCACGAGAGCGAGGACGACACCGAGCCGAUUUCGCCGCUCUCACGCGCGUUUUCGCCGGCGGAAUCGCGGCGGAACCGCAACUCCUCAGUCUCGCGCUAUUCGCCGACGACGCCCGGCACAUCGCAGCCGGUGACGCCGGUGGUGGCGCGGACGCCGGUCUCGCCGCACAUUCCGUCGCGGUCGUCGCAGCGGUCUUCGCAGCAGACUGUGUCGAACAACUCGAUAGGGCACCGGCACUCGCCGCAUCCUCGGUCACCACACACACCGCACUUUUCGCCGCCGUUCAAGCAGCUGACUAUCGACGUCAAGGCCGACGAGGCCGCGCUCCCGCGGGCAGUUCUCGUCUCGGACGAGUUCGAAGGCGGCGGCGGGCGCGGCAUUCUGUCGCGAAUCGCAUCGCCGCGAUCGGGCGCGACGACGCCCAAUGGCUCGAUCCGCAAGAGGCGCACGCUCUCCAUCUCAAUCCAGAACGCACGACUCGCCGUCUGA